GCCCCUGCUUGAGUAUUUCCGCGAAAAUACAAAACCAAACAGCUGAAAGAACAGGAAGCUUCAGAGCAAAUAGAAUACACUUGCUUUGAUACCGGAGCUCAGCAUAUUUUCUCUGGGGGCACGCAUUUAACAUUGCACUUAUAAAUAUUGAUACCCAGCGUAAGCUCUUACAUACUAAUACAAUAGUACUACUGAACACGUUUUAUUGUACAACACACUGUGAUAAGCAAAAAUCAUCCUUGUGCAUCAAGUCUCAGCUAGUUAGCUGAAGAUAAGCUGAUAGCCCCUCCCCACUUUCAAUUUGGUCGCGCCCACGGAGUAACAAUUUCCCUUUGUCGGGCAGUUCAGACGUUUCCUGUGUAGCUUCAUAGAACUACGAUGGCUGCCACUGAGAUAGUUCGCCAAAUGGGAGAGGGUUGCCGAACACUUCCUUUAGUUGGCCAUGUUGGUUUUGACAGUCUUCCUGACCAGCUGGUUAACAAGUCAGUUAGCCAUGGUUUUUGUUUCAACAUUCUCUGUGUGGGUGAAACUGGCCUUGGUAAAUCCACCUUAAUGGAUACCUUAUUCAACACCAAAUUUGAAGGUGAACCCUCCUCUCAUUCCCAGCCUGGAGUUCAGCUGAGGUCGAAUACCUAUGAGCUACAUGAGAGUAACGUUCGUCUAAAACUGACCAUUGUCAACACUGUAGGCUUUGGUGACCAGAUCAACAAAGAGGACAGUUACAAACAGAUUGUUGAGUUCAUUGAUGCACAAUUUGAGGCCUACCUGCAAGAGGAACUGAAGAUCAAACGUGUUCUGCACAACUAUCAUGACUCUCGAGUCCAUGCUUGUCUGUAUUUUAUUGCUCCUACAGGUCAUUCUUUGAAAUCUCUAGAUUUGGUAACCAUGAAGAAACUGGACAGCAAGGUUAAUAUAAUUCCCAUAAUUGCUAAAUCAGAUGCCAUCUCCAAGAGUGAGCUAACAAAAUUUAAGAUAAAAAUCACAAGUGAGCUUGUUAGUAAUGGAGUACAGAUCUAUCAGUUCCCUACAGAUGAUGAGACCGUGGCUGAGAUCAAUGGAACUAUGAAUGCUCAUUUGCCAUUUGCUGUAGUUGGCAGCACAGAUGAAUUAAAGAUUGGAAAUAAAAUAAUGAAAGUACGACAGUACCCAUGGGGAACAGUGCAAGUUGAGAAUGAAAACCACUGUGACUUUGUAAAGCUAAGAGAGAUGUUGAUUAGAGUAAAUAUGGAAGACCUACGAGAACAGACACACACCCGCCAUUAUGAGUUGUAUAGACGAUGCAAACUUGAAGAAAUGGGAUUUAAAGACACAGACCCUGACAGUAAACCAUUCAGCUUACAAGAGACCUAUGAGGCUAAGAGGAAUGAGUUCUUGGGUGAAUUACAGAAAAAGGAAGAAGAAAUGAGACAGAUGUUCGUCCAGAGAGUCAAAGAGAAGGAAGCUGAGCUCAAAGAGGCUGAAAAGGAGCUGCAUGAAAAGUUUGAUCGUUUGAAAAAGCUGCAUCAAGAAGAAAAGAAAAAGUUAGACGAGAAGAAGAAGGUCUUGGAAGAUGAAGUCAAUUCUUUCAAGCAGAGGAAAACUGCUGCAGAGUUGCUCCAGUCGCAGACAUUACAAGCAGGAGGAUCACAGACUUUAAAAAGAGAGAAGGAAAGGAAAAAUUAACACUGCCGUUGCUGUAUGGUGCAUGAAAACCAUUGCCCUGGUAAGCCUAAUCAA